UCUAUCUCUCUUUUCGUGAACCAGAAAUGGACUUUAUCAACUUCUCUUCUUGGCCCCCAUAAAAUAAAAACACAUAUUCCAAAUUCUCUUGUAUUGGUCCAAGAACCUAAAAAGUAUUUUUUCAUUUACAAGUUUCUUGGGCCAAUUUGGUUAAUUACUAGCUACCUGCAAUUUAUGGUCUGUAAUCAAUCAUAAGCAAGUUCAUUUGGAUCUUUCUUUAUGUUCAAUUGAAUGGUACUUAAUUUCUUUUUUAGGUUCGGUCAUUCUUUCAAUGUAAAUUAAAAGGUCUCUAUUUUGUUAGUUAUUAUAAUAAUCUAUGGGAUUUGAAAGAUUGUAUGAUAUUUUGCUCUAAAGAUGGAUGGUGCUGGCCGCUAGGAUUUCAUGUGAUUUGUGACUUGGACGUGAAAAUUGUGAAGUGUAUAUGUGCAUGUUAAUGUUGUUUCAAAAAUAUGGUUGGAUGGAUGCAUGUCAGAUCGAUCCUCUGAACAUAAUGGCAUUGAUGCAUAUAAAAACAUAUAUGAAUGCACAAAACACGUGCGAGCAGUGUUUCGCAAUCCUUUGUGGCAGGUUAAGUCUGUAUUGGAUAUGAGACAUGCUGGACAUUACAAGGUGUAUAACUUAUGCAUAGAGCAAGCUUAUGAUGCAUCACAUUUUCAUAAUCUUGUCGAGAGGUAUCCAAUUGAUGACAACCAUGUCCCUUCUCUAGAUAUGAUCAAGGAUUUCUGUGAAGAUGUCUACUCAUGGCUCUCUAGUGACUCCAAGAAUAUUGUUGUCAUACACUGCAUGGCAGGAAAAGGCCGAACAGGAUUAAUGGUUUGUUCGUACCUAGUUUACACUGGCAUGUCAGCUGAGGAUGCUCUGCGAGUGUAUGCAGAGAAACGAACAACUAACAAUGAAGGAGUAUCCAUUCCAAGCCAACGUAGGUAUGUCAAAUAUUGGGAGAAUGCACUAAUUUCCUAUACAAAGGGUGUUCCUCCAACUGUCAAAUUGCCUAAGUCAUGCAAUAGAGAGCUGCGUCGCAUUAGAUUAUACGACACUAUAAACAUUGAGUCCAUCUUCUUCGUUCUAUCUGAGUUGCAAAGAGUUCCAGGAGAGAAAUAUCGUCCAUCUGUAGAAGUCUCGAAGAGUAGCUGCAGAAGAAUUAAGAGCGGUAUUCAGAGAACUUAUAGCCCUCAAUAUGUUUAUUCAUUUGUUGAGGAAAAUGAAGAAGAAAAAGAAGAAAAGAAGGAACCUCGUCUUGUAGUCCAAAUGGACACCGAAAGUUCUAUGCUCUAUCAAAAAACAUGUCUUGAUCAUUUCUAUGACAUACCAGUGCAAAUAUGCGGAGAUGUGCGUAUCAUAUUCUAUGAAAAGCUCAUAGGAGGACGUCUUUUCUAUGCUUGCUUUAAUACUGCUUUUGUUCGGAAUGAUCUAUUGCAGUUUUCGAUACGGGAGCUUGAUAAAGUUGGAAAAAAGGCUAGGUCCAUUACUGGUUCUUCCUUCUGCUUGGAGUUGUUUUUUGGUCCAGCCAAUGGAAAUUGUUUGCCAACACCUCCUUUGCACGACGAUGAUCUUAGUGAUUCUUAAUUUCACUAUUAAUUAAUUAUAACAAGGUGGCUUCCUUGCUCCAUCGGUUUUAAUUAUAACAAUUAAUCAUUAUCUUACCAGGCUAUCUAUAUUUUUCAGAGAAGGAAGACUAGGAAAUUUCAAUAGUUUUAUACGUAGAACUCGAGCAAGCAGUUUUAAGAAGAAGUAAUGUAAUUUUAUCUUGAAACUUUGCUUGCAUGCAUGCAUAUUUCUUAGAAUAUGAAAAGUAUAUAUCUAGGCUUUUUGGUUGCAUUUAGUGUUAGAAUUUGAGGGCCAAAUUUUAUUCUUUGUUUCAUGAUCCUUAUAAUAAUUAACCAACUUAAAGAUUGGAGUUGAUUACAUAA